AUGAAGUCUGCCAAAGCAGCGUCCGGGGACACUCCGUCGAGUAGGAGGUCCCAGCCUGUCCGACAGACACGUACCAACCCGCCGCGCGUCUCCUCUGGCCUUCGUGGAUCAGCCAACGGGCGGGACUCUCUUGCUGGCGGCACCGCCUCCGACCAGCCGAUCGACAUCUACCCUGCGAUAACCUACUUCUCCGAUGCCAUUGCAGCUCUCCCGAAGGAGCUCGUCCGACACUUUACCCUGCUGAAAGAGGUCGAUGCCAAAAUCUUCGCUCCCGAAGAUGCGCUCUUCAAGCUCGUCGACGCCGCCAUGAACGCUCCCCCUCCCCAGCCCCGACCGACGAACGAUGCGUCCAGCAGUGUCGCGCCUGCGUCAGCUCCGAUGAGUGCGCAGAAUAGUUCCAGUGGAGGUACUAUCAGCGGCCCAGCCCCCCCUCCUGCUCCCUCGACCGAUGGCUCGUACACGACGUCCAUUUACGACCCCAGCAACUUUCCUAGGAGACAGCUGUUUCGACAGACAGCUUAUAAGAUCCAGGAGAUGCUCGGGUCACUGGAAGAGAAGAAUCAUGUCAUCUCGACUGCCAACGACGCUCUCCAGAAACAGCUCGCCCGAAUUGACGACGUCUGGCCGCACGUUGAGAACGAGUUCAGCGACGAGGCGAAGUGGGGGAGCACCUCACAUUGGGCAUACCCCGAGAACAGAGCCGCUACUAAGGCAGCACACACCGAGCGUUCACGGCGCGAGGGUGCCGCUGCCAUUUCUGCCGCUGCCCAGCAGCUCGCAGAGGAAGCCGCUGCUCGGAGCGAAUCAAGGAAGCAAGCUGUUCAGGCGAAGAAGAGCCAGAAGACAGUGCCUCAGGAAUCGGACUUUGAUGACGCCGAAGGCCGCAACAAGCCAGAAACAGGCAAGAAAGGUCAUGGAGGUGGCAAAGCGCGCAAAGCGGCGGAGACCGCCGCCAGCGUAGGCUUGGGCAUCUCAACAAAUGGCACCACGAACGGAACGGCACCGCAACCCAAGAGACGCAAGGUCGAGAAGACGCCUAGCGGAAACAACGUGACGGAACGGGCCAUGAGCACCGUCUUCGGAGCUACUGCGUCAAAGGCGAAGACUACAAGCCCCAGGGAAACCCCCGCGCCAGACGGCGGCCCGAAGAAGCGAAAGGCCCUGCCGACUGGUACCGGGCAGGCUAAGAAAAGCAAAAAUGGAGCCGCCGGUAUGUCCCCAUCGGUUGCUUCGUCCCCUGUAAUGAGCACCUUUCCCGACCCCGUGUUACCACGCGGGUCUCCCGCGCCGACUAUUACCCCGGUGCCUCCUGCUCCCAAACCUCCCACUGCUUCACGGGCCAAGCAGAGUACGACGCAAGCGGCGGUAGAUGGCGGCAAGCAGUCUCGGCCGCCAUCAUCUGCGUCGACCAAGCCAAACGGAGCCGUCCCACCACCGACGCCCGAGGCUGCGCCCUUGGCGCCUUUGCCAAAGCCUGUUGUCGAGGCCAAGCCGGCCGCCAAGGAGCCUUCCGUGCCGCCUGCGCCGGAACCCGCGAAAAAGGAGCCUGAACCAGUCGAGGCGACGGUCAAACCAAGUAUACCUGUGGUGAAGCAAAAGAAGGAGACACCGAAACCCGAGGAACCAGAGACGCCCGCCGAGCAUACACCGGUGCCUCAGACGAUCACCGCGGCCACAGUGACGAAGAGCGGACGGGCCAGUAAACCAUCGACGCCAGCGAUGGCUACGUUUCAGGAGGCAGCAAGACCAAAGUCGGCCCGCAACACAGACGGCAAUAGCACGAGCAAGCGGAAGAAGAACCACAUAGUCACAAACAGCAAGGCUACCAAGACGGCAGACCAGACCGAGGACAGCGAGGAUAUCGAAGACGCGGAAACCCAAGCCGGCAAACGCAGCUAUGACUACACAGAAGACGAGCCUACGUAUUGCUACUGCACCAGCGUGAGCUACGGCGAGAUGGUAGCCUGCGAUGCAAACAACUGCGAGCGGGAGUGGUUCCAUCUCAACUGUGUGGGCCUCAAGGUAGCCCCCAAGGGAAGCUCGAAAUGGUACUGCGAAGAGUGUCUGCAGCGUUUUUCGAAGCAAGGCAAGAAGCUGAGCCACAAGUACAACGUGCUACCGGACUCCCUGAAUAUGCGCAAGCAACGAGCCCCCCCGUACUGA